AAUUACAUUUUACUGUGAUUAGAGCUGUAGAACAAAACUAAAGUAUUACCUUCGAGUAUUUUAAGAAUUAGUGUCAUUGUGAAGUAGAUCAAUCAAAAAGAAACAUGUUUAGUGUUUGGAUUUUAGUUCUGUUGGCAACAACUACCACUUCAGCCAAUUUAGUUUUUACGAAAAGUGGUCCUAUAAUUGGCAAAGAAAGAUGGACAGACCCGGAGAAUAAGCUUUAUUAUGCUUAUCAAGGUAUUCCAUACGCUAAACCUCCCGUUGGGGAUCUACGUUUUGCAGAUCCUGUUCCGCCAGACAAUUGGAUUUUACCAAAACUGACAAUAUCUGAUCAAAGCAGAUGUCUUCAGCUAAGUUUAAAGUCAUUCAGCUCUGAAGAUUGUCUUUACAUUAAUGUAUAUUCUCCAACAAACAAUGCAAGUGCAAAAUUACCAGUAAUGGUAUGGAUCUAUGGUGGAUUCUUUUUAUUUGGUGAUGGAGAUUACAAAGAUUUAGGGCCAGACUACUUUUUAGAACAGGACGUUGUGUUUGUAGACUUUAACUAUAGAUUAGGUGUUUUAGGAUUUUUAAGUACGGCUGAUGAAGCAGCAUCAGGAAAUUGGGCCCUUAAAGAUCAGAUACUGGCACUAAAAUGGGUUCAAGACAACAUUGAAAAUUUCGGUGGUGAUAAAAACAGUGUCACGUUGUUUGGUCAAAGUGCAGGCGCUGGAGCGUCAUCAUAUUUAUCUUUGAUGCCGGAAACCAAAGGGUUAUUCCACAAAGUGAUAUUACAAAGUGGAUCGGCGUUAAAUCUGUGGUCUUUAGCCAGGCAACCAAGAAGAGCAGCAUUUGCUGUAGGUAAUUUUUAUGGUAUUGACACAAAUGACUCUAAAAUACUGGUUGAGGAAUUGAGAAAAGUUGACGCUUUGAACCUGACAGUCGUGGGGCUCUCGGAAGAUUUGAGGGAAACUAUAGAAGAAAAUCCUCGAGAUGGCUUAAUAUUUGGCCCUGUUAUUGAACCAUCUCAUGAUGGUGCUGUAGUAACUUGGAAAAGCUACGAAAAAAUGGCUUCUGGUGAUUUUAACCAAGUGCCGUAUAUGAUGGGAUUUACAUCACAAGAAGGAGGACAAACCGUAGAAGUUAUCGACUGGAUUAAAUUAUACAUUCUGGCAACGUUUGAUGCUGAUCCAGUAAAACUUGUUCCAAUUUGUAUGAACAUUAACGAUACCACAAGUAAAAAUGCAGUUUCCUUGUUUAUUAAGACUCAUUAUUUCGGAAUUAUACCAGCCGCGUUUUCCGAUGAGGAAAUUAUACAGUAUAUCAGUGAUGAUCAAUUUGUUAGACCAGUAUAUCAAAGUGCAAAGCUUAUGUCUCAGUACACAGAUGUUUAUUUAUACCGAUUUUCAUAUUUGGGUGAUGUGUACAAAUCAACCCGUUCAACUACAGAUGUUUAUCAUGCUGAAGAACUGAAUUACUUAUUUAAAAUUGCUGACAAUCCCCAGUUAACGUCAACAGGCGAUCUUAAAGUUAGAAAACAGCUAAUAAAAUUAUGGACUAACUUUGCCAAAUAUUCCAACCCAACUCCACAACUGGACUUUGACUUCAAUUUGGCCAUUUGGGAUAAAGUUGACUCAAACAAUAUUCGCUAUCUUGACAUUGGAAAUUACUUGGCAAUGAGUAGUAAUUUAACGCAAUACAGCCUUGAUUUUUGGCAAGAACUAUAUGACAGUCAUGGAGUUCCACCCUAUGAUACGUACUAAGCAACUCGUACAUUUGGCUUUACAAAACAAACUUUUGUGUACAUAUUGCCAAAAAAUAAACGAAGUAAACUUAA